AUGCCAUUUGCUCAAUUAUUAAGUUCUCUAGAGUACCUGUUUUUCUCCAACAGAGCAAUGCAGCCAACAGUUAUAUUUAUUGAUGAGGUUGACUCUGUCCUCUUCAAACGGACAGAGAAGGAGAAUGAAUCUUCAAAAAAAAAUAAGACUGAGUUCUUGGUUCAGAUGGCUCGCCUUCAAAUUUUACAAGCUAUUUUCUUAAGGGAAAAGACUUCCUUGACAAACGAGGACUAUAAAUUGCUUGCUGAUACACUCCAGGGGUACUCGGGGGCAAACUUGAAGAAUGUUUGUAAAGAGGCCGCCAUGGUACCAGUGAGGGAGUCAGGAGACAUGCUUGACUCCAUUAGUGUUACUGAGAUCAGACCCACAUCCAAAGAUGAUGUGAUUUUGGCGGCACAGAAGAUCAAACCCACAGUGUCACCUAAGGACUUGGUACACUACCGUGAGUAUGAUAUGCUGUUUGGUGAUAAACCUUAA